CCGCGGACAGCGCCGCCAGGAUGAACGGACUGAGUCCCGGCCCGGCCGGCAUCGCCAUGAAGGACCACGAUGCCAUCAAGCUGUUCGUGGGGCAGAUCCCCCGCAACCUGGAGGAGGGGGACCUCAAGCCCCUCUUCGAGGAGUUCGGCAAGAUCUACGAGCUCACGGUGCUGAAGGACAGGUUCACCGGCAUGCACAAAGGCUGUGCCUUCCUCACAUACUGUGCCCGGGACUCUGCUCUGAAAGCCCAGAGUGCGCUGCAUGAGCAGAAGACGUUACCUGGGAUGAAUCGCCCCAUCCAGGUGAAGCCGGCGGACAGCGAGGGCCGAGGAGAAGACAGGAAGCUCUUUGUGGGGAUGCUGGGGAAGCAGCAGAGCGAAGACGAUGUCAGGCGGCUGUUUGAACCCUUUGGCCAGAUCGAAGAGUGCACCAUCCUCAGAGGGCCCGACGGAGCCAGCAAAGGAUGUGCCUUUGUAAAAUACGGGAGCCAUGGGGAGGCCCAGGCAGCCAUCAACAGCCUGCACGGCAGCCAGACCAUGCCGGGAGCCUCCUCCAGCCUGGUGGUGAAGUUUGCAGACACAGACAAGGAAAGGACUUUGAGGCGGAUGCAUCAGAUGGCAGGACAACUGGGAAUCUUCAACCCGAUGACCAUCCAGUUUGGAGCAUAUGGGGCAUAUACGCAAGCGAUAAUGCAGCAGCAGGCAGCCCUGAUGGCUGCAGCACAAGGGACCUGCUUGAACCCCAUGGCAGCCAUCGCCGCAGCCCAAAUGCAGCAGAUGGCGGCCUUUAACGUCAGCGGACUAGUUGCUGCUCCUAUGACCCCCUCAUCAGGUACAAGCACACCUCCAGGGAUCAGCACAGCGCCCGUCCCCAGCAUAGCCACGCCCAUUGGGGUGAAUGGGUUCAGCCCCCUCCCACCACAGACCAAUGGGCAGCCAGCAUCCGAGACCAUUUACACCAAUGGAAUCCAUCCGUACCCAGCUCAAAGUCCCACUGUGGCAGAUCCCCUCCAACAAGCCUACGCAGGCAUGCAGCACUAUGCAGCAGCAUACCCAGCAGCCUAUGCACCUAUCAGCCAGGCCUUUCCCCAGCAAGCGCCCAUCAUUCCACAGCAGCAGAGAGAAGGUCCCGAAGGAUGUAACCUGUUUAUUUAUCACCUGCCCCAGGAGUUCGGAGAUGCGGAGCUCAUGCAGAUGUUUUUGCCUUUUGGCAAUGUCAUCUCUGCCAAAGUCUUUGUUGAUCGUGCCACCAACCAAAGUAAAUGCUUUGGUUUCGUCAGUUUUGACAAUCCAACUAGUGCUCAGGCAGCCAUUCAGGCCAUGAACGGCUUCCAGAUCGGCAUGAAGAGGCUAAAGGUCCAACUAAAGCGGCCAAAAGAUGCCAACAGACCCUACUGACCCCUGCUCACCCUGGCCCUGCAAACAGGUUGGAUGCCCUGCAGCGUAUGAAGAGUAUUCUCCCUUUUCCCAAGUGCAGUAUCCAAACUUGUAACUCUCUUUCUUUGCAACAUAUCAUGGAGGAGGUGGAAGCGAAGGAGGAGAAGAAAUGCUGGCGAAAAAGAGAGCCAUUGUGGUUGUAUCUUCUUUUUAUUUUUUAAUUUUUGAAUCAGUUUUGUUUGUUUCUUAACAAGAAAGAAAAAGACACAGUGAUGUUGGAGAAAAGACAAACAGGUGCAGAUAUUUGCUGAAUCAGACUAUGAAACGGUGGCUGCUGGAGAAGACUUUGAAUUCCUCGCAAGGAGAGAGGUGGGAUUCUUGGAAGGAAAAACAAACCAAUCUAGGAUUAAGAGCUAGGACAGCUCAUUCAUGAGGAUGAACCCUACCUUUUUAAAGCACUCAUUUGCUGCUACAAGUUUCAAAGGAGGAACUAGGAAAGAGGAUCCAAAUGGAUAUAAACCAAAGCCAGUGGGAUUGGACCAGGCGUGUAUGUUUCACCUGGAUAACGUUUUGUUUUAAAAGGGAAAGAGAAAUUGAUUUUUUCCAUAUCUGGCUGGAAAAAAAGAAAUCAAAGGCUAAGCGCAUGUUGGACUUAUAGAAGAGAUAU